AUGGGAAAUGAGAAUAGGAGAAUGGGGGAGAUGGGAGAACAGAGAAAAAGAGGAAAAUUGGAGAACAAGAGAACAGAGAACAAGAAAACAGGAGAAACAGAAAAUGGAAGAAUGGGAAAAAUGGGAGAACAGGAAAAUGGGAAAGGAGGACAACAGGACGGGAGGAGGACAACAGGACGGGAGGAGGACAACAGGACGGGAGGACAGGGGCACAGAACACCAGAUACAACAGAUGAAGCCGAAGGCCAGGAAGCCAACAAAGAGCACGAAGCACUCUUUUUGCUUCCUGUACCGAAGGCACAACGGGCAGCAAAGGAGGAUCUAGUCGCAUCGUACAGUAAACAAGACAGUGGCGUAGUCCGACUCACCUUGCCGAAUGUUGCCGCUUGGCCAGCCGAAAUCCAUCCGAAAUCCACAUCCAAAUCCACGUCCAAAUCGGCCUCAAAAUCCAGCUUUGAACUUCGCUUGUGUGUGAGGAACUUUGACGUAGUCAAUCCUACUCCCGAAGCUACACAACGGCAUAUACUAUCCCCACAUGUGCCAUUCAUUGCGAGAUUGAACGACUGA